AUGGCUACAGGAGGUCAUGCCCCAGAGAUAGAUGUGUUGAUCAACCUACAGCAGGUGAAGGUGGAGGAGGAAGAUGAGGAGGGAUCGGUGGAGGAAGAGGAGGAGGAGGAGGAGGAGGAGAGUUGGGAGAAAGCGCUGUCUGUGGAGCGCUUUGGAGACAUCAUCAGUGACUCUGCCUCCACCAGUGGAGACAGGAUGGGCCGACACUACACGGAGAAAGACUUUGAAUAUCACAGACACACAUUUCACCAUACGCACCACCCCUUAUCCACCCACCUGCCCCUGCCCCAGCGUUUACGCAAGAGGGUCCACAGCACGGACAGAAAGCGCAAGAAGAAACGGAAGAAAAAAAAGACCUCGCUGCCCCCCUCUGAUGUCACGCCCACCAUCCACGAGGUAGACGAGGAAGAGGCGGAGUCUGAACCAGACGGACAGGGCGUGGCCGCCACACCCACAGACCCACCUGACAUCCAACCACAGUUUAGUUUGGGGAGCCAAGAGGACUUGGAGGAACCCCUCCCGCUCACCACCUUCCACACGGAAAGCGAAGGACAACCUCUGUCGAGGAAAGCCUCGUCCACUCUGAUAAAGGGGGAGACUCAUAAUGGGGGAAUUGCUGUUCUCUCACAGAAUGAGGAGGUGGACGGAGAGGAAGCUGCAUGCAGCAGUGUUCCCCCAGGAUCAGAUCCCUCCAGUUCAACCACGACCCGCGGCUGGUUCCGCAGGAAGCCCGUCCACCAUCGUCUGGCGGCCGCCCAGCGGAGCAACUAUGACCUGCGGGAGCGGAUCUGCAUCGGCAGCAUGACCGCCCUGGAGACGGCCGUCUACCAGCAGGUGCCCACUGACGAGGCUGAGGCCCAGAUGCUGGCCAGCGCCGACCUGGAUGACAUGAAAAGUCACAGAUUUGAGGACAACCCCGGGGUGAGACGCCACCUGGUGAAGAAGUCGUCACGAUGUCAGAUGACCCGAGCCAGCAACAGCUCCACACCGCUGUGCAGCCUGAAGAAGAAGAAGAGGGCAGCAGAUAAGAAGACUCAUGAGCUGUUUGUGGAGCUCAACGAGCUGAUUGUGGAGAAGGACCAUGAAAUGCGUUGGAAGGAGCGCGCUCGCUGGAUCAAGUUUGAGGAGGAUGUGGAGGAGGAGACCGACCGCUGGGGCAAGCCUCAUGUGGCCUCGCUGUCCUUCCGCAGUUUGCUGGAGCUUCGCCGCACCAUCACACAUGGUGCCAUCCUUCUGGAUCUCGAGCAGAACUCUCUGCCCGGCAUCGCCCAUCUGGUGGUGGAGACGAUGAUCAUCUCUGAUCAGAUCAGAGCUGAGGACAGACCCAGUGUUCUCCGGGCUCUGCUUCUCAAACACAGCCACCCGAGCGAUCUGAAGCAUCGUUUUCACCGCCACCAGUCGACCAGCAGUCUUCAUGGCACCUUCAAUCACAACCAUGUCCCGGACACCAAUCUGCCGCUGGUGGCGGAGGAGCACGACGAGCACCAGGACAACAAAGGGCCGGUUUACGACCCAAAACAAGACGUGUUUGUCAGCCUGUUUAAAUCUCUCCACCCUCUGCCUCCUGAGAGCCAUCCGGCUGCAGCCAGAUCGAUGAAACUCCUCGCCAAGAUCCCCAAAGAUGCUGAAGCUGUCAUUGUUUUAGUUGGCUGCGUUGAGUUUCUGGAGCAGCCAGCCAUGGCUUUCGUCAGGCUGAGUGAGGCGGUCCUUCUGGAGUCGGUGCUGGAGGUCCCCGUCCCUGUUCGCUUUAUUUUUGUCCUGCUUGGUCCCAGUCAGUCCAACGUGGACUAUCACGAGAUCGGACGCUCCUUCUCCACUCUCAUGUCUGACAAGAGUUUCCACGAGGUGGCCUACUUUGCUGACGACAGACAGGACCUUCUGAAUGGUAUCAAUGAAUUUUUGGACUGCAGCAUCGUCAUUCCGCCCUCAGAUGUGGAGGGCAAAGACCUCCUGAAGACGGUGGCGGACUUCCAGAAGCAGAUGCUGCGCAAGAGGAAGGAGAGAGAACUCAAGCGGCACCACUCCUCAUCUGGAAUGGAGCAGAACAACAAAGAGGUGAGUCCAGAGGAGGAGGAGGAGGGAGACCAGGAGGUGGACCCUCUGAAGCGCUCAGGGAUCCCUUUUGGAGGCCUGAUCCACGACAUCCGCCGCCGCUACCCACACUACGUCAGCGACCUAAAAGACGCCCUGGACAUGCAGUGCAUCGCCGCCGUCAUCUUCAUCUAUUUCGCUGCGCUGUCGCCCACCAUUACCUUCGGAGGCCUGCUGGGAGAGAAAACAGAGGGCAUGAUGGGAGUGACAGAGCUGAUUGUGUCAACUGCAACUCUUGGAGUUAUAUUCUCGCUGCUUGCUGGUCAGCCCCUCCUCAUCAUAGGCUUCUCCGGACCCUUACUGGUGUUUGAAGAAGCCUACUACAAGUUCUGUCAGGCCCACAACUACGAGUACCUGACUGGUCGAGUGUGGAUUGGUUUCUGGCUCAUCUUCAUUGUCCUGGUGAUUGUGGCAGCAGAGGGCAGCUUCCUUGUUCGCUACAUCUCACCUUUUACACAGGAGAUUUUUGCUUUCCUCAUCUCCCUCAUCUUCAUCUAUGAGACUUUUUCUAAGCUCAUCAAGGUGUUUCAGGAACAUCCACUGAUGGCAAUGUACCCCAGUGACUCCACCCCAGCUACUGGGCUUGAAGAUGUCGUUGACCCCAUCUUCAACCAGCCCAACACUGCUCUGCUGUCUCUGGUCCUCAUGAUGGGAACUUUCUUUGUCGCUUUCUUCCUCAGGAAAUUCAGAAACAGUCGGUUUUUAGGUGGCAAGGCCAGAAGAAUCAUCGGUGAUUUUGGCAUUCCCAUCUCAAUUUUACUUUCAGUACUGGUUGAUUACCACAUUACUGACACCUACACCCAGAAACUGGAUGUGCCGUCGGGCUUCUCAGUCACCUCCCCGGACAAGAGAGGCUGGUUCAUCAGUCCCUUUGGUGACAAGCAGCCCUUUCCCACCUGGAUGAUGGGAGCGUCCAUUGUGCCUGCCCUUCUUGUCUUCAUCCUCAUUUUCAUGGAAACUCAGAUCACUUCAUUGAUAGUCAGUAAGAAGGAGCGGCGCCUGGUUAAAGGCUCAGGCUUCCACCUGGACCUCCUGCUCAUUGUCGUUCUGGGGGCCAUCUGUCCUCUCUUCGGCCUGCCGUGGCUCACCGCCGCCACCGUGCGCUCCGUCACUCAUGUCAACGCCCUCACCGUCAUGAGCAAAGCGACGGCGCCCGGCGAAAAGCCCAUGAUCCAGGAAGUGAAAGAACAGAGGCUGACUGGGCUGCUCGUGGCUGUUCUCGUUGGUAUGUCCAUUGUGAUGACAGAUGUGCUCCGACUCAUCCCUCUGGCUGUGCUCUUUGGCAUCUUCCUGUACAUGGGGGUCACCUCUCUGACAGGCAUCCAACUGUAUGAACGCAUCACACUUAUGGUCACGCCGGCCAAGCACCACCCUGACCACAUCUACGUCACCAAGGUGAAGACAUGGCGUAUGAACAUGUUCACCAUGACGCAGCUGCUGUGCAUCGUGGCUCUGUGGGUAGUGAAGUCCACCGUGGCCUCCCUGGCGUUCCCCUUCGUCCUCAUCAUGACGGUGCCGCUGCGCCGCCUCAUCCUCUCCAGGAUUUUCGAGGAACGCGAGCUCCAGGCGCUCGAUUGCGACGAGGAUUCUCCCAACUUUGAUGAAGAUGGACGAGACGAGUACAACGAGAUCCACAUGCUGGUGUAAAUUUAAAUGGAACCCAGCCGAUGUGACUUCCUCCGUCCUCCAGCUCUGACCG